UUUUUUUUUUUAAUCCUAACCAAACUCAGCCUAAGGCUUGGUGCGAGUUCAGAUCCUCUGCAGUGGUUGCGUGGAGUGCACUACCCAAUCGAGGUCGAAGUUGGAGAGCGAACGGCGAACAAAGACGACGGGCGGGAACGGUUCGUUGAGAAACCAGAACUCAAUCAAUUAUGACACCAGUUACACAGAAGCUCUACACAGAUGAUGUUAGUCUUCUCAUGGUCUUACUCGACACAAACCCUUUCUUCUGGUCCACCUCCAAAUCCACCUCUCUCUCUUUCUCCAAUUUUCUCUCUCAUGUCCUCGCAUUCUUAAACUCUGUUCUCCUGUUGAACCAAUUCAACCAAGUAGUGGUGAUUGCCACUGGCUUCAACACCUGCGAUUACGUCUAUGAUUCAUCGUCCUCGCCGACCAAUCAGAGGGCCGAGACUUUGUUGAGGAAAUUUGAGGAAUUUGUGGUUAAAGACGAGCAAUUAAGCAAGGAAGACUCGGUCCAUGGGAUUGGGAAUUCACUGCUAUCUGGGUCUUUGUCAAUGGCCCUUUGUUAUAUACAGCGGGUGUUUCGUUCUGGGUCACUUCAUCCACAACCUCGAAUAUUGUGUUUGCAUGGAUCCCCUGAUGGACCUGGACAAUAUGUUGCAGUCAUGAACGCAAUAUUCUCUGCUCAGCGUUUAAUGGUACCAAUAGAUUCUUGUGUGUUAGGGGUACAGCAUUCUGCUUUCCUUCAGCAGGCUUCUUACAUAACUGGGGGUGUGUAUCUCAAGCCCCAACAACUAGAUGGGCUUUUUCAGUAUCUCUCGACAGUAUUUGGGACUGAUUUGCAUUCUCGCAGAUUUUUACAACUACCUAAGCCUGUAGGAGUGGAUUUCCGUGCCUCGUGCUUUUGUCACAAAAACACAAUUGACAUGGGCUACAUAUGCUCUGUUUGUUUGUCUAUAUUUUGUAAGCAUCACAAGAAAUGUUCAACCUGUGGGUCAGUUUUUGGUCAGGCUCAAACAAAUGCUCCUUCAACGUCAAAUCAGAAGAGAAAGACUGCAGAUACAUAGUUUUACCCUCCUAAGAGUAUAUUGUGCCAAGAUGAACAGAGAGGAUCGUGGUAAUUAUUUUUGCUGAUUUAGAAAAUCCAAGCCAGCUUGAAUGUGGUUCCAGCCUCAACUGUCUGAAUGUGAUUGGUUGAUUGUCGCAUCUCAGGAGUUCUUUUUGCCCCACUUCAUUCAAUGAUCGUCAUCAGUGGGUGCUUGAAGAUACGAGAUGACACCAUAAUCAUACUUCGUUGGAGGGCAUUUUAUACUUCAGUUUUUUCCAAUCAAUAGGAGGGUUUUUUUUUAAAGGUGAAAGAAUUUAUUAGAUGCUACCCUCACUUGUUAGACUAGAGUUGGAUUUAGCAUUUUAACAUUUGACAAUUCCAAUUUUUGUAUGUUAGAGAUUCUAUGGAUUUUUGGUUUAUUUUAGUUCAUAUGAACAUAUUUGAUGAUA